GGGUUAAAAAUAAAAUUUAAUAUAUUUAAAGGGUCAAAAACAAAAUUAGGUUAAAUGGGGUGAGAGAGAUUGUUGUAAACUCAGUUACCACAAAACGGGAACCGAAGUCUGUCGUUCUAUCGCCACUUGAAUAGAUUCUGAGUCAAAGAGAUGGAAACCGAAUCAGUGCUUCCGAGACCUCAGGUGAAUGCCACAUUUCGCCUUGGUGCAGAAUCAUAUUCUGUUAAGGCAACCGAUGGUUCUUCAUUAUCAGAGCAACUAGUUAACCUGAAAGAACAAAGCAUGGCUGUAUUGAAGGAUUUCAUAACAAAGCAUAAUGUUCCUCAAGAUGUUCCCGACGAGUCGUUGGAAGGUUCUUCCGACGAUGAUGAUGAGGAUGAGGAUGCUAAGAAGCCUCAAGUAAAGUCCAAGAAAACUAAGUUUACUUAGCUUUUGAAAUAUGUUUUAAAUGUCUGAGUGAUUUUAUCUUGGUACUGUAUGAUUCUACAAUUAGUUUUUAGUUAGUUUAUUGAAGAAAUUAUGGAGUAUUGUUUGGUGGAUGAUAACACAACAAUAUUUAACUUUUUGUAAUAAGAUUGUGCGUUGUGGCUGAAGUAAUGUUGAAACCAAUGUUUUAAUAA